GUUGUAGCAUUGCUUUGGAUUUUGUUACUCGGUGAGGGAGUGAGAAGAGCAAGGCAGGAAUUCCCCUUGGAAGGAUUCCGAGCAAUAAUCACAUCACCCAACGUCUGAGCCGAAUUCCUGCCACACUAAAUUGUGUGACUCACGUACAUCCUCAACACUCUCACACAACACACAGCAGUCUAGUUUGCAGGAAACUUCUUGUCCGCCUGCUGCACCUAAAAAACAGGUGGGCUGCCGUUAAAGUAGGAAGCCUCUUUGGAACAACAGAAAAACAAGAGGAAGGAUGUAUUUGAUGAGCACAGCUGCCAGGAGAUGAGGUUACAAGUGAAGCUAAACAAAAGGAAGGAAAGGAAACAGAUCUCUCUUGUGUAUAGUGCACAGUGAGAUGGGAGCCAAGCAAGUAGCUCUUUGACAUCACUAAGGCUGAGCAUUGGAUUACAACAAGCAGGGACUUACUUGGCAAGGGAGUGGGGGAACCGCCUCCCGAGCCCUUGGAGGAGCGCAACUUCAUUUAUCUGCUGUUCAGGCAAGGAAACUGGGUGUCCGAAAGUUUGACUCAGCUGACCACUUUGGCUGUUUGCCAUUCCAAACCCACAUAGCUUUGGGUGAAUGUGAGUUCGAGCCAGACUGGAGCCUUGAAUUUUAGCAGCCCAGGUCCACCCACUUGUUGGAUCCAUAUUCCAACCACUUGGUGCCUUUUCAUAUAUGGAUGCCUAUGAACCAUCUUGCACAGAAGGGCAAUAAAUUAAGUCAGUUAAGUCCAGGACUGCUGAGCUGGCGAGUUUAACAUUUAGAAAUGUCUGAGAGCAGAAAGGGAACCUAUCUCAAAGAGUGUCAGAAAUGCCAUGUCGACAUGAAUGGAGACAUGUUAGAUGCACAAGGUGUGUGUCCUCGUUGCAAAGCUGAGGCAGUACAGGAGCAGCAAAAGAAGCAGAAAGACAACAGGGAUACUGUUGCAAAGAAUGCAAGUGAUAUGGAUUCUGAGGCAGAUUACUCUGAGUUCAUCGGUUGUGACCGAAGUGGCCGAAGAAAUGCAAUCCCUGAUCUUCAAGGAGAUUCAGCUGCCCUUAAAAUGGAGAAACUGGCAAGCACCAUGGAUGAUAUUGCCCUUGCGGAAGAAACUCAAGUAACAGAUGAUUCUGAGAAAAAACCUGGAAUGACUCCUAAGAUUCAAGACAGAAGCCCAACUUUGUAAGUUUUCUGAUCUGCAAAAAGUUGGGACUCUUCCAUCUGCAAGAAGUCAACCUGCAACAAGGAGGCUCUCACUUAAAGGUCUCUGCCAUGAACAUCUGGAUCUUAACUAUGACUUUCUGUGGCAAAGCAGCCGGUACCUUCAAAGAACUCUCUUUCUGUAACAGCAAAGGAAGAUCUACUCCAAUGACUUGAGUCAGUAACCUUUAGCAGUUAUUUUCCUGUACAGGAAAACACAUUAGUAAUAAUAUAUACACUUCAGAUUUUAUUGUAAAAGGUACAUUUUGCUCAUAUAGUAAAUACAAGAUAUUUAUUCCUACACCCCUAAAUUAUUUCUCUGUUCCCGUUCUCCAUGCACGUGACACAGCUAAUAUUUGGUGGCUGUGGACAUGGGGAUUAUAGGAUAUAAUUCACUAGAUGCUUCUCCAGGAUGAAGAUACUGAAGCCACUGGAAGAUACAUAAGAGUAGCCAUGCUCGCAGGAAACUCCAAUGCAGUAACUAGGGGUUGCAACAGAAAUUUCCCCAUUGAUGUACCCAUUCACCUAUUUCUAAUUCAACAAUUUAGUAAUUUUCUUCUCUGGCACAGAAUAAAGGAUUGAGGUUUAUAGAUAUCCACCAUCCAUAACAAAUGGUUCAGCAUUGCUUAUGAGGUGCAUUUUGAAAAUUGUUUUAAUAAUACAAAUGGAAGGCAGCCCAUCUUCAAACUAACUCAUUAAGUUCUAUAGCAUUCAACUGCCUAGCAAGGUUUUGUGCCUAUUGUUAACAGAUAUAACUUGUGUUGAAAUUUGCAUGCAAAUUUGUAAACUUGUUUUUUCAACAAUUAAAAGCAAAUUAAGUUUU